AUGGAACCGCCUGCAAAAAGGCCGAGGCUCGAUCAAAAGGCAAAAGAAGACGAAGAUGAUGAACUUAAUUAUGAGCCCGAGGAGGUGUCUCAGAUGCGGGAUCCCGGCUUUCGCUUCGAACAAUCUCGUGCAUUUGCUGCCUUCAAACUAAAAUCGACCUUCGAGCACAUCUUCCAAAAGUACGAAAAGGACUUUACAGGUAUCGGUGAUGAAAUCGACCUCAGGACCGGCAAGAUCAUUACAAAUAAUGGCCACUUGGCUAGCAUGAGAUAUGAGAGAGACACCGGAAUUCCAGAGGAUGAUGAUUAUGAAGACGAGGAUGAGGGUGUACUCUUGGAGGAAGCAGUUGCAUCCGACGACGAUGAGGAGGAUGGCGGCUCGGGCGAAGACGAUGGGGGCGAGGAUGGGACCCCAGAUGCGUCAGACAACGAAGACGAUGAAGAACGAAUCUUACAAGGCAAGAAGAAUGAAGCAUCUCACUCAGGAGCCCUCAUAAUCAAGCAAAAGGGCGAACCACAGCGGCAUCCAUCCCGGGCAAAUGUCUCGCCAAGCGUAUCAAUACCAGGAUCCGAUCAACGGUUGUCCAGCCUUGCCCAACCGCGCCAGCCAGGACCUAGCACCUCGAAUCCAUCCUCAAAUGUUUGGGGACAUGAACCAGAACCUGUCGAUCCAACUUGGAGGGUUCCCGAGAUCAGCAGGCCCAAACUUGGCGACGACUUGAUGACGAAACUUUAUGGUGCCAAAUACCGCUUCCCCGCCAGUCGCGGGUUCAAGUCUGUGUGGUCUUCGCGUCGCGAUACCGAUGAGGAGAAAGCAUUACCUGAACCUGCUCAGAUCGAUAUGAAGCAGCUCAUCCGCGCGAGGAACGAGGUCCCGAGGAUGGCGAGACCAAUGUCAACAAAGUUACUACAGGCAUUCACCGACCAAGACGACGAUAACGAAGACGAUAUUCUUGGGGUUGCCGUUGUAGGUAAGGAGCCUAGGGCUGCGAAAAAGUCAUCGAUCAAGACGGAUACUACCUUAGAGGAGGUAGUAAGCACCUCUGUCAAAAACAAUCAACAAGAAGUUGAACCACCUACCGAAGCCAUACCAUCAAAUCCGAAACCUCCUGUAUCAAAAACCCUCUCCAGGGAGAUUGGCUGGCUCAAUCAGAACAAAACUUCUGUGAAAGAAGGUUCAAGACCGAGGAGACAACUCAUCCCAACCAAAAUUAUUAAACCAGCAGAAGCUUCUCAUGAGAUCGAAGCUGCCAAGACGAUUGGAGCCGAAGCUCAGGCUGAAGCUGAAACCGAAGUGGAGGUUGACCAGAGCUCGACUAGUUUUGUGACGGAACAGGAGUUGCGGGACAGGCCAAAACAGCAAUUCGUUAUCGAGCUGUUUUCCAAGAUCCCUUCCCAAGAGGAGAUCACAUUAGUCGAAGAUCCUGAAGAUGUGGACAUCUUUGAUUCGGAUCACCAACAUGAGGCCCUGACGCCCCAGCUUGCUAAUCUGACUGUCUCCGAGACCACUCCGACAGCUCUUGUGGCAGUGGACGAUCCUGUUGCUGGCUCGGUUGAGACUACUUUGCCAGUAAAAGCACCAACUGUCAACCCCGCAGAGCCUCCGAAAGAAACAUUCGUCAGGCAUAAGAUCGACCCCUCAUACGACUUCUCUGAUGACGAGGAGGGGAUUCCCACAACUCGCAUCAAAAAGCUUCGCAGCGGGAAGGAGGUGGGUACUAUUCCAGGCGCGGUCGAGGUCGCGAGCCCUGGAAUAGAAGCCACGUCCGGGCCCUCGGAGAAGUUACCCACAUUGGAGAACCACCGGCCAUCUCAUGUGGAUUGCAAUGACGAACCCUUUGCGACCAGCAAGAUGGCUUCGAUAGAGCCCGGCGUUGAUGUCGAAAUCUCUGAGCAGCAGGCCGAUGCGCUCGCAGAAGUUAGCGAGGAACAAGGAAGCCUUCCAAUUGAAGAAGCUGGCGAGGACUCAGAGCAGAACCCCCCUGCACACGCCAACCAAGAUGUGAUUGAGGAAACGAUCUUGGAGGAGGCUCAGGCGAUCCAGGAGCAGAUCCAUGACGAUGUCCAAAAAGAAAUUCAGAAAGAUACCCAGGAGGAGAUCCAGGAGGGGACCGAUGAGCAAGUUCAAGAACAGGUCCAGGAGGAGAAUCGGGAGGAAAUUCAGGAGGAGACUCAAGAUGGGACUCAGCAAGGCUCUCAAAGUGAGCUCGAUAAAUUUCAACAAACGGGAGAAACACAGCAAGAUGACGAGGAAGUCAUCGAGCCCUUCACAAUCCCCCUCGGUCUCGACGACAUUGACGAGACAAGCGCGCCCGAAGCCGAAGCCGAACUCGAAGGAAUGGAAAUCGAGCUUCCCAUCCUUCCGCCACAGCCGAGAGGAAGCCUCCUCGGGCCGCUCCUUCGAAGGCCCCGUCAGUCGUCACCGACAAAGUCCUCGCGAGUCGUCGAGAAAACGGUCACAUCGCCCUUCAAAUACAUGCGUCUCCAAUCCAGCAGUCCUUUGAAGAAGUACUCCGUUAGCAAAUCGCCAGCCAAGGCUAAAAAGGCCGCCAGGCCCCGCGCGUCCGCCAGCUCAGAGCGCAAAGCAAACCCAAGAGGCCGCAAGUCUGCUGCAUCAACACUCGCAAAGUCGGAAUCCCCUACACCCCCUCCCUUCUCUGGCCCCUCGCCAAAUUCCACACAGAACCAAAAGGCCGUCCCCAGCACACCAUCCUCAUCGUCGAGAUACCACCAACCCCGAACCAUGCGCGACUCGACCUACAGAAAAUCCUUCACCUCCCUCCUCUCCGACGACGAAGACGAACUCACUCUAGACCUCUUCAAGACCCACACAGGGGCUUCGGGCGGCGGCUCAUCGGCCGAACGCAGACGCACAUCCUAUACCCCAGUCCUCCUCGCCGGGCCGCACACCAAGAUCACGACGCCCAUGAAGCAGAGAAGCCCGCUCGUUCCCGGGAGCGGGAACACGGGUGUGGCAGGCGCGACCAUCACAGGCACAGAGACUACCAGGGGCAAGAAGCGUAAGGCGGCGUGGGCGUUUGCCACGCCCACCCGAGUUCACUUUGGCAGCCCGUCGGGCUCACUUUUGCAGACGCCCGGUGGGAAUAUGAGGCGCUGUGGUGAGGAUGGAUUCCGGUGCGACAGAGACUUCUGCUUCACUUGCCUAUAA